CUUCAGAUCGUGUAACGCGAUGUACUCCGGACGUGCAGAUUCUGUCAUCAUUUGAUUUCACCAAUUGAACAGAAAAUAGUACCAGAGCUCCUGUACAUAUUCCCAGCGUGCUCCUUCCUUCAGCUGAUGGAUAACUGAGAGGGAUCCGAGUAAUGAAACAUGCAUCUCCUUGGACUUCAAUCAGCUAUGUGCUACGUGGUAGAGAAGUUCGCCUCAGAGCUUCAUUGGUAUAUAUCAGAGGCCCUCAUUCUCCAUAUCCCUUCCCUCUCACCUCCAAACCACCAACUCAAUCCUCUCUCUCAAAAAAAACCCCCAUCAAAUCAAGCCAACCCCCUUUCAAAAAGCCCACACCACAAACUCCAACGCCUCCCACCCAGUCCAGCCCAGCCCUUCCACAAUGUGCCACUGGGAAUUCUUCGUCUUCACCCCACCCAACUGCCCCAACAACGGGGGUCACAUGGUCGCCAUCCCCUGCGGUUACAAUCUCGAGAACGAGAGCCCGUCCACAUGUCGCUAUUUCGACCGCAACGCUACGACUCCCAUGCCUAUCAGACGCCAUGACUUUCCUUGCCCGCAAUGUCGCCGCUAGGUAGACUUACUUGCCUCUUCCUUCAUCGCUGUUUGUGUGUCUGAAAGUUAGUAUUAAUUCCGAGAGGGGAGAGGAUAGGGGGGAUGGAGGGAGAUAGGGGGGGAGGGGUGAUGGCACUGUACUAAUGAGGGAUGGAUGCUGGGUUGGUAUUUCUGAUAAUGG